UUUUUAUGUUGCACACCUAUUUUUCACUUCCGGGUCACAUGUUGCUAGCUUAGCUUUGCCUGUCAGUAAUCGAACUUAGGUUCAUUUUUUCUCCUCUUGUGUCAGUUUUUUUGGCUUGUUUAGUGGAUUAAACCCGUGGUCGGUCAUGCUCCGGUCCAUGUUGCUUUGCAGAUUAACCCCUCACGUCCUGUCCUGCCGCAGAGCAUCCUGUUUGCUCGCAGGUCGGACACCUAAUAGUUUACAGCCUCGUUCUCCAGCUCUCACACCACCCCAGCUGAGCUCCCAUGAGUCCUUCAUACCUAAAAUCACAUCUCUGGUCAAAUACUCAGACCAGUCCGCACAGAAUUACACUAUGAUUUACACCCUGCCACACAUUAAACUUCUCAGAGCCCUGUCCAGGCUUAAACUGCUCCAAACUGCAAUCACCGGGGUCCUCCUGCCCCCGGUGUAUGUCAUGUACUUCCAGGGAUACGUUACCUUCUUCCUACUCGGCUACACAACGGGCCUCGCGCUGCUGGCUGGUGUCAUGCUGUACACUGCCAGCCACUUCGUCAGGAGGGUUGUGGGGAUGAUGUACCUGGAUCCGUCUCAGAGCACGCUCAAAGUUUCCCACCUCACGUUCUGGGGCAAGCGUCGUGAUUUCCAGCUGCCCGUGUCAGAUGUUAUGACCACCAUGGAUACAGGAGACAUGCCCAACGAGAUCAUACUAAAACUGAAGAGAUACAGCACUCCAGAGACCAUGUACUUCUCUACUUAUUAUGGGCGAGUGGUGGACAAACAGGGCUUUGAAAGGGUGUUUGGAAAAAUCUGAUUAUUUGUUCAACAUGUGAUCGAAAAGAAGGACUUCUUUCAAAUAUUGUAAAAUAGAUAUGAUUAGAAACAUGUAUUCAAUAUAAAAUAAAUUAUUAAUUUAUCCAAAUACA